AUGCAGGCAGCUCUUAUGCUAAGAGCAAAAUCGCGAGAGAGAAGAAAACAACGCCUCAAGAGAGGCAUCAAAGCAGAACUCCCGAGCAAUGUCGCUACUAAGACCAUUGCGCCGUUCCCGAGAUAUCCUCCUACGUCAUGGUGCGCAGCUGGGCGCGCCGCGUGGCAGGAGGCGGCGGCCGUGUCGGUGGGCGGCGGUGCAGGUGGAGCGGGCGGCGCGGCGCGACGCUGCUCCGUGCCCGGCGACCACCCUGGCGCCCGCCGCGAUCCUCGCGCCAAGUGGCACCGCAACAACAGGGUCCGGGAUGCGUCGUACGGUUCAUCUUCGGACUCGGACGGCGAGGCGGAGGGCGCGAGCGGGGAGCCGUGGGGUGUCGCACGCCUGUUGUACGCCGGCCUGGCCACACUGGCCGUUGGACUCGUUGUGUAUUUCGUUGGAACCGGCGACAAGGGUUUCAAAACUCCAGCGCUUCGUCUGGUGGGUCCCUCACUGAUCGUGGCGGGGCUCGCGUGUUGUCUGCUGCGUAUUGCGUUUUGUAUAUUUGCGAAGCCCUGCUGUCGAAGACGAACAAACUACAAGGAGAACAGAAGCCUGUCAAGCGGCGAGGAGGACGAGCGGCUCAGGAGGUAUCGCACCGCUACUACGCAGCCUCACGCAGUUAUCGUGCAACAGGCGAGUACGCAUUCUCGUACGUUAAAGCCGCCUCCAGCGUGCUCGGGGGCGGUGUCCCCGGGGGCGGGUCCGAGCACGUCGCAAGGCGUGGCGUCCGGGCGACGGCCUCCACCGCGCAACGUCUCCUUUGCCGCCAACCCCGACGGCGAGCUGGUGCUCAGUCCCGCACAACUGCGCUCCUAA